AUGUUCCGGGAUUCUUCCGAUGGCAUUGAGGAGUACAUCACAUCAGUCACUGGCUUUAUCAACAAGUGCAUCAAGGACGUCGUCCCCACAGUGACUACAGAUAAAUCGGGUUACCCAGCCCACCAAAGCCUUCACCAAAGAGGAGGAGGAGAACACACUAGAGAAACAGAAAGAGGGGAAGAUCCAGACAGUGGAGCCUGGAAAGGUGAAAAGGCCCCAGAGAAAGAGAGCAGCACAGCCAUAGAGGGCCCAGAUGACAGACAGAUAAACCGGGUUACCCAGCCCACCAAAGCCUUCACCAAAGAGGAGGAGGAGAACACACUAGAGAAACAGAAAGAGGGGAAGAUCCAGACAGUGGAGCCUGGAAAGGUGAAAAGGCCCCAGAGAACCCCAGAGAGCAGCACAGCCAUAGAGGGCCCAGAUGACAGACAGAUAAACCGGGUUACCCAGCCCACCAAAGCCUUCACCAAAGAGGAGGAGAACACACUAGAGAAACAGAAAGAGGGGAAGAUCCAGACAGUGGAGCCUGGAAAGGUGAAAAGGCCCCAGAGAACCUCAGAGAGCAGCAGAGGACAACAGAAUGCAGCAUGGGUGACGGACCUCUCUAAGGAGGACUUUCUCCGUCUGCUGGGGGUCAUGGAGGGGGAGGUGCAGGCCAGAGAGGAUAUUAUCCACAUGCUGAAGUCAGAGCGUACCAAACCCGAAGCCCUGGAGGCCCAUUACGGCUCAGCUGCCCCAAUCAAACCCCUCCAGGCCCUGCAGAGAGACAGCCUACUGACCAACAACACUUCAACGCUAGGGGACGACGUCUACCAGAUGCCCAUGCAAGAGUUGGACCGGCUGGAGGACAAGCAUCGCGAGACUUAUAGGCGUAUGCUGGAGCAGCUGCUGCUAGCUGAGAAGUGUCACCGCCGCACGGUUAACGAGCUGGACAAUGAGAAACGCAAACACACCGACUUCAUGAACAAGAGUGAUGACUUCACCAACCUACUGGAACAGGAGAGGGAGAGGUGA